AUGUCGCGGGCAGCUGAGGCAGCUAUGGCUGCUAGUUAUAAAAGCUUGAAGGAGGAUUUUGUGUCAAAUUUGACAGGAGGCAGCCUUGGAGAGAUAAAUAUGGUCACUGCUGUCGUUCCAGUCGCAGUUAUUCUUUGGUCGACUUUACAGACCCGGCAGCAUUUUUUCCUGCAAUAUACUCCAAUCGCUUUCGCUGUCGACUUCCUUCUCAAUGUCGGGGCUAUUCUGUUGGCCAUAUCUGUCUACGCAGAUAUGCCCCUCACUUUGAAUCUCCUACUACUUGCGCCGGUUCCUUUAUUGUAUGCCAUUGCACCGCAAAAAUCUACACAAAACGCUCCGCAAAAGAAACCAAGAAUACCGCAAUCGAAAACAACCCCUUCAGACCAAUUGAACCCACUCUCAAAGAAACCUUUCCUUACCAUCUACCGAGGGGCAAUGAUGGUUAUCACUUGUCUAGCUAUACUAGCGGUCGAUUUCAAGAUUUUUCCACGGAGAUUUGCAAAAGUAGAAAACUGGGGGACAUCGUUAAUGGACCUGGGAGUAGGAUCCUUUGUGUUCUCAGGUGGUCUUGUAGGAGCUCGACCAAUACUCAGAGAACAAAGUGCUGGCCGAACGUCGAAGCUCAGCACGCGCUUAUAUAACUCGUUGCGCCAUGCACUACCCUUGAUUGUUCUGGGAACCAUAAGAUUAUACAGCGUCAAGGGGUUAGACUAUGCGGAGCAUGUUACUGAGUAUGGGGUGCACUGGAAUUUCUUUUUUACCCUUGCGUUCAUUCCCCCAUUCGUGGCGAUAUUCCAAUCUGCUUUUCAGCUCAUCCCGUCAUACGCGCUACUGGCAAUUAUUCUUGGCUCUUUGUAUCAAGUUGCUCUCGAAUACACCAGCCUCAAAGCUUUCAUCCUCACAGCUCCAAGAACAGAUCUAUUCUCAAAAAAUCGUGAAGGGAUCUUCAGCUUUUUUGGCUAUCUCGCAAUUUUUCUAGCUGGUCAAGCAACGGGGAUGUUCGUAUUACCUCGCAAUUCAAUGCCAACCGGAGGCCCAUUGGCUCAGAGAAAACGCCUCUUGAUGACGAUGGGUGCAUGGUCAGGAGUAUGGAUUACGCUCUAUUUAUUCACGACAAAUUACAGAUAUGGAUUGGCAUUAAGUGUGUCACGCCGUCUCGCAAACCUUCCGUAUUUCCUAUGGGUUGCAGCUUUCAAUUGCUCACAAUUGACUGCAUUCUGUUUGAUCGAAACGAUAUUUUCUCCAGUCCAUAGAAGCAUGGAUGCAAAGACCGAGAAGGAGAAUUAUGAAUUCUCGACAAGUCGAGUCCUUGAAGCGUUCAAUAGAAAUGGCCUGGCAAUUUUCUUGGCUGCAAAUUUACUUACAGGACUCGUCAACCUUACCAUACCAACUUUGUUUGUCAGCAACCUCCAGGCUAUGGGGAUAUUACUAUUUUAUGCCUCUGCCCUGACAGGACUUGCAGUAGGUCUGGAUGUAUAUGAUAUUUCUAUUAAAAUGUAA